AGACGGUUAGCGCUCCACGGCCUGGCAAGUCGCAAACAUAACUUAUUUCGAAAGUAUCGAGUCAACGAAAUGCCACCUGUCGCCGUACCCGAUGAGACCCCAAAGAAACACCUUCGCGUGGCGAUCAUAGGACAAAGUACGUUUGCAGCAGAAGUGUUCAAAUUAUUACAAAGAGACGGACAUGAGGUAGUAGGUGUGUUCACCGUCCUAGACAAAGGCAACCGAGAAGAUCCGUUAGCGACUAUUGCGGCACAAAACGGCAAACCAGUGUUCAAAUAUAAAACAUGGAGAGUCAAAGGAAAAGUCAUACCAGAAGUGCUAGAAGAUUACAAAUCGGUAAAUGCAGAUAUCAACGUGCUGCCAUUCUGCACACAAUUCAUACCCAUGGAAGUCAUUUUGCAUCCAAAAUAUCAGAGUAUUUGUUACCAUCCCAGCAUCUUACCACGGCAUAGAGGCGCGUCUUCUAUAAACUGGACUUUAAUAGAAGGCGACACAACUUGCGGUCUGUCAAUAUUUUGGGCAGACGAUGGCUUAGACACAGGACCGAUAUUACUACAGAAGAGUUUCCCUUGCACAAUAGACGAUACUGUGGACACUUUGUAUAAUAAAUAUUUGUACCCAGAAGGUAUAAAAGCACUAGCAGAAUCAGUGAACAUGGUAGCCAAUGGAACCGCACCAAGAAUAAACCAAACAGAGGAAGGCGCUACUUACGAUCCAGCUUUAUUUAAACCUGAAACUCACCAGAUUGAUUGGUCAAAGGGAGGUGUUGAAUUACACAACUUUAUUCGAGGUCUGGACUCAUCGCCUGGCGCGACCACUUUAAUAAAAUCACAAAAUAAAGAUAUUGAUGAGACAAAAGAUACACAUAUGGAAGUAAAAUUCUUUGGCUCAUCUCUUUGGGAAGGUGAAUAUGAAGCAGAAGGUGAAAAACUAUUUAUACCAGGACUAUUGAAACCGGUGGUGGUACAUGAUGCCGGAUUACUGAUUACAGCUAAUGACGGCGUCAGGCUGAAUAUACAAAGAUUAAAGGUGAAUGGAAAAAUGAUCAACGCCCAAAAUUUCUUCAAAAAUAACGAAAGCAAAGUAAAGCUCGAACUAACAGCAGAUGAAAAACAAUUUAUCGAAAACGUCCGUGAUAUUUGGAAGGCAAUAUUGAGAAUAGAUAUAGAUGAUGAAACAGAUUUCUUCACAUCUGGAGCUGGCUCUAUGGAUGUAGUGAGAUUGAUCGAAGAAGUAAAAGAUUUAGCUAAUUUAGAAUUACAAAAUGAAGUCAUAUAUAUGAAUACAACUUUCGAAGAAUUUUAUACAGUGGUAAUUCUUAAAACAAGAGGCGAAUCGGCUAGUAAAGAAGUGGUGUUCGAUGGAGUUGAAUUAGAAGCUAAUAAAAUGAAAAUAAAGUUUCCAACUCAGCUGUUUAUUAAUGGUCAAUUCGUUAAUUCGGACAGUGGGAAGAUGUUAACUAUAAUUAAUCCCACGGAUGAAUCUGUGAUUUGUAAGGUACAAAGCGCGUCCGCUUCCGAUGUAGAUAAAGCAGUGAAAUCUGCACUAAAGGCAUACGAAGAAGGCGAAUGGUCAAAGAUAAGUGCAAGGGAAAGGGGACAGAUGUUGUUCAAGUUAGCAGAUUUAAUGGAACAACAUAAAGAGGAGCUAGCAACUAUCGAAUCUUUAGACUCAGGGGCUGUAUAUACACUGGCCCUGAAAACACACGUUGGAAUGUCUAUUGACACUUGGAGAUACUUUGCUGGCUGGUGUGACAAGAUCCAAGGCACUACCAUACCUAUUAACCACGCUAGACCUAAUAGAAAUCUAACGCUUACAAAAAAAGAGCCAAUAGGUGUUUGUGGGUUGAUUACACCAUGGAAUUAUCCACUAAUGAUGCUGUCUUGGAAGAUGGCUGCUUGUCUAGCAGCUGGAAAUACAGUCGUCAUGAAGCCUGCAGCGGUAUGUCCGCUUACUGCGCUAAAAUUCGCGGAGCUAUCUGUCCGUGCUGGAAUUCCUCCUGGUGUCAUAAACAUACUGCCAGGAAGCGGAACUGUAGCUGGACAAGCGUUAGCCGACCACCCACUUAUCAGAAAAUUGGGUUUUACAGGCAGUACAGAAAUAGGUCAAACAAUUAUGAAGUCAUGCGCUGCGUCAAAUAUGAAAAAGGUGUCACUUGAACUUGGUGGGAAAUCACCACUAGUUAUAUUUGAAGAUUGUGAGCUCGAUAAGGCUGUCAGAAACGGUAUGGCUUCAGUAUUCUUCAACAAGGGCGAAAAUUGUAUAGCAGCUGGUCGUCUAUUUGUUGAGGAAAGAAUACACGAUGAGUUUGUCAAAAGGGUUGUAGAAGAAACAAAGAAAAUGAACAUUGGAGAUCCACUGCACAGAGGAACAGCACAUGGCCCACAAAACCACAAGGCUCAUAUGGAUAAACUUAUUGAGUUUUGCGAACGCGGUGUUAAGGAAGGUGCCAAAUUAAUAUAUGGUGGCAAACGCCUAGAGAGACCUGGAUUCUUCUUCCAGCCUACCAUCUUCACGGAUGUCACAGACAAUAUGUUCAUAGCAAAGGAAGAAUCAUUUGGACCUAUUAUGAUUAUCAGCAAGUUUAGUAGCAAAAACCUCGAUGACGUGAUCCGGCGUGCUAACGAUACUGAAUACGGACUAGCGAGCGGCGUAUUCACUCGCGAUGUUUCUCGCGCAAUGCGUUUCGCUGAGCGUAUCGAAGCUGGCACCGUGUUCGUGAACACAUACAAUAAAACGGACGUUGCAGCACCUUUUGGAGGCUUCAAGCAAUCCGGUUUUGGAAAGGACUUAGGUCAAGAAGCACUCAACGAAUACCUCAAAACAAAAUGCAUUACAAUAGAAUAUUAAUCUAAUCAUUACGUAUAAACUUUCUUCAAUAAGAACAAGCUGAAAAAUGUUAUUAAUAACUCUUUGAAAAUAAUAGUUAUCAAAUUGUAUUCCAAUAAUAAUAGUACUUUUAAUAUAAUUUAUGUUAGAUAUUUAUAGUAAGUUGUAAAUAAAUUAUUAUAAAAAUGAGUAUGAAAAUGUGAUUAAUCGUUUGAAUAAAAUCAUAUGUUUUGUUUUAA